CGAGGUUUUAGUGUCUAUUGGAAAGUGAACACGAGAGGUUUUUGUAGCUGUUGGAAGGUGAACACAAGGUUUUUGUGUCUGUUGGAAAGUGAACACAACGUGUUUUAAAGACUCAAAGGACUUAAAUGUUUUUAGAUUGGUCUGUUAUCAUGAUUCCUGAUAUAGAUGAAUCGUAUUUAAAAACAGAUGAACUCUCAAGUGAAUCGGAUAAUGUCAUAUCUAGCAGAAAUAACCAAAACAAUUUUUCGACUUGCAGUGAAAGUGAACCUGAACUUUCAAAUAACCCUCGUUUUAAUAAUGAUGAAUCGCGUUUAGUAGCUGAAGAGCAAUCGAGUGAAGCUGAUAAAGAUAUUUUUAGUGAAAACAGCCAGCAAAGCUCUUUUUCAAGUCGUAGCGCCAGUGGAAGUGAGCUUGAAUAUUCAGGGAAUCGUAAAUGUAAAAACUCUAAUUAUAGUGUUCGUCGAGGAAGACCCAGAUCAGAAAUUAUAACUUCUUUGAUGGAGGAAGGUGCUGCAUCCCAAAGCAACAUAAAAUGCAGUAUUUGUCAACGAGUAUUCCCUAGAACAAAGUCAUUAUCUGCGCACAUGCGAACUCAUACUGGUGAGAAACCUUAUGCCUGUGAUUAUCCGGAGUGUAACAAGAUUUUUACUCAAAGUGGACAGCUGAAGUCACACUUGCGAACGCAUGCUAAUGACAUGCCAUUUGUCUGUACAUAUCCAGGAUGCGGAACUCGUUACAAACACUCCAGCAGAUUCUGUCGUGGACAUCCAAGAAGUCCUUUAAUUCGAGAUGGCAAAGGACUAGAGGGUCCAAAUGCUGCAGAACUGACUAAAGAACAGAUGCAGUGGUUGAAUAAAUACAAGGAAAACAGACGACAAGCUCUUCAAAAUCUUAAGCGUCAGAGGAUUGAAACAAAUGAAAAUGAUUCAAGGAUGCCAAAAAAAGUGAAGCAGAAUGCAAAACAUGAAGAUGAUUUGGAAGUACAAAAAAGACUCUCUUUAAUUUCUACUAGGGAAAGGGAGGCAGUUCAGGGUUUACUGCAUCUUCUUGAUCCACAUCUUCACAUUCCAUGCUUAUCUUAAUGAUUUGACAAACUUAGAGCUAAAACUGCAUGUUAUGUUCCUGACAACAUUUUAUUAGAUGCUUGCUAAAGUUCAUCAUAUUUUUUUAAAUAUAUUGAUUUAAUGAAUAGUUUAACAACUCUUCACUGUGUGAGCUGCAUGUGAAUUAGAAAUUUCUUGCAAUUCACUGUUUUAAAUAAUUUUAUGUAUUAAAUACAAUUUCUCGUUAAUUCUCAUUUUGUUACUUUUGAAUUUUUUGAACAACCCCAAAAUGGGAUAUCUUUUUAGUGGUGCUUUAUAGUGAUAUUGGUGCUGUUAAGGUAAACAUUGUUAUGCUUUGAUCUCUUACAAACAUGUAUUUCCAUCAUAAUUUUCAUACUUGGUCUGUUUUGUAUCUGUGACAGGCUUAUUCUUAUUUCACCAGCCUUCUUCUGCUCGUCACAACAUCCUAUGAAUAAAUCAUACGAUGUUGUGAUGAGCAGAAAAAGGCUGGUGAAAUAAGAAUAAGCCUGUAAGUAAUAUACUUACUGACAAGCUUGAUAUCUAUGGAUCUUUAGCAAUAAUCUCAUCUUAUUUUAUUAUAGGUAAAAAAUUAAACCUAACCAAUCUUGGAUUUAUGCUGUCGUAUAUGUUUGUUUGAACAUAUGACACUUGUUUCAACAUUUAGUUUACUCUAGACACUUGUUUGAACAUUUAGUUUACUUAGUUACUUGUUUGAACCAAAAAGUACUGUUGCAGACACAAACUGUGAUAAUUAUGCAGAGAAUAUCAGGUAUUUGUAAGGGGCCAGUGCAUAAGAGUGUCCACAAUUUUGUCAUUAUAAAAGUACCAACAUCAUUAUAAUGGAACAACACGCUAUGAAGAUUCCAUUUCUGCAUUGUUCAAAAGUGGAAAAAAUCAGUAUUAUGACAAAUUUUUAGCAGUAUCUUUUCACUUACUGCAUCGCAAGACUUUUGCAAGCACCUAAAAUGUUCAGCUCCAAAAUAGUUGUUAUUUUUUGGAAUCAUUUUUGGAAAAUUGUUUUAUUGAGAUUGUAAAGCAGUAAUAGUUUUUUUUUUUUUUUUUUUUUUUCAACUGUACUUUUUCAUCUGCACUUGUAAAGCUUAUUUGCCAUUUAUAGUUGAUGUCAAAUAGCUCCUGUGAAAUCUGUGAUAAUAAAUUUGAUUUGAAUUUUAACAGUAUUUGAUACUGAUGGUGUAUAAUGCAUCAUUAGGAAAUUACCUAGUGAAGAUGCAGCAUUAGUUAUGUAUUGGUAAUGUUAAAAUUCACCGGUGCCAAAUCGUAUUAAAUUUUUUAAACCUGGUUUUUAUAAAAAUUUAAAAAGAUAGCUUUUAAAGUAUUCUGGAAAUAGUAAGCCAUCCAAAAAAUCCUUAUCUCCAAACUGUGUAUCAAUAUCUGGCAUUGAGUAAACCAAAUAGUUGUCAUUUGGAAAUGUGCUGGUGUUGUUGGUAUUUGCAUAAUGCUUUAACAUAUUGCCAUUGAAAGACUAAGUGUGCAUCUUAUUGUUUCAUCUUAACUUGAAAGAAGAAAAAAAAAAUUUCUUUCGAUAGCUUGGUUUUUAUAAAAUCUGUGCAAAUAUUUUUGCAUAUUGAUUUUAAAGUAUUUUAAAAUUAAUAGUUCAGAACUUUUAAUUGCUUUUAAAUAUUAAAUCAUAAUCCAAAAUUUUCAUACAGAAUUCUUUCUGAAAUUGUAUUUUGUCAAUAUUUAAAGUUUUUGAUGACUGUGUUUUCUAAAACCUUUCAAUCAUAUUAAUUUUGUUUAAUUAUACGAGUUUUUAGUUU